AUGCUUACUCGAGCAUCACAAUAUGUUAGUCGAACGCCAGAUGAGAAGCAAGGAUUUUUGCUUCUCAAAAAUCGGGUAUCCCCACUGCAAAGUUAUUUGGGUUACUCGUACUCCUUGCGUAUUUUUCAGAAUGCAUUUUCUUCUGAGAUUUCGGACAAGUCUCCUACUGCAAAUAAGCAAGAAAAAGUAGAGCAGGAUCCACAGAAUCUCCUGCCGAAACUCGAGUUCUUGAGCUCCAUUGGUGUUUCAGGUGAUCACUUUCAGAACAUUAUUGUGAAGAACCCUUUUUUAUUGCAAAGAAGCCUAGAGAAGCAGCUAAUCCCUUGUUACAAUUUUCUAAAAAAUAUACCUCUUGCCAACAAAGACAUUGUUGGGAUUAUGAGGAAUAGUGCUAGAAUACUUGGUACUAAUGUGGAAAAGAUGGCUUCUAAUGUAGACGUGUUGAGACGAAUGGGCGUACCUCAGUCAUCGAUCUUACUCGUUAUGCUUCACCAUCCUUCUUUAGUGCUAGUUAAUUGCAUGAAGUUGAAAGGGAGGAUAAACGAUGUGAUGAAUUUGGGAUUCAACCCUUUGAGGACAACGUUUGUCCAAGCAGUUCAUGUUCUAUGCGGAAGUAACAAAGAAGGAUGGGAGAAUAAAGCGAAAGUUUAUAGGAAGUUUGGUUUGUCGGAUUCUGAGAUUCGAUUGGCGUUUAGAUCGCAUCCUUUGUGUAUGAGGUUGUCUGAAGAGAAAAUUGCUCGGGGAAUGGACUUUUUUGUAAACAAGAUGGGGUUGUCGCCUGCCAUUCUUGUGCAAUGGCCUGUUGCUCUAUUUUAUAACUUUGAGAAGAGGAUUGUCCCGAGGUGUCGAGUGGUUAAAGUGUUGGUAGAUAAGGGUUUGGUGAAGGAAUAUACUUUGAUGUCUAUUUUGGUCAGAACGGAGGAGCAAUUUCUUGAUAAGUUUGUGCGCAAGUACGACAAUGUUUUGCCUGAACUCAAGGAUAAAUAUUAUGCAGGAUUGAUCUCAAAGCACACAAUUGAUUUGAAAUUUUGA